AUGAACCCUAACACUGCUGCUUUCGUGCCUGGCCACUCUUACAAGCAAAGCGACGGAGAUGUGGUUUCCAUCAACGGUUUUCCUGACAGUAACACUGCUCCUUAUUUAUCGUCUAGUGACAUUACCCCCAGCGUUUCCGAGUUUCCUUCUAUGGAGUCUUUGAGGACCUCACUUCAGAUACACUCAGGGCCCUACCAGGACGCUUGUAAUCUUGUUAACCGGACCCAGAUUACUAUGAUGCCGCAGCUCUCACGUACGCCUCACGAGACUGAACUUGUGUCUCGCAGUUCUCAGUGCACUGAACCCUCGCCUUUGCACCACCUGAGUAACCCUGACCUUCAAGAUGUCCCAGAACGCUCUAGUGUUCUCGCUGUGUAUACACAAAGCGUUGAUAAAACGACAAACCCUGGUUACAUGCCGAUUGGUAGCCUGGUCAAUCUCAAAGGGCCUCCCAAAUGGGGUGUUGUCAAAAUAUCCAACAUUCCUUACGGCGUCACCAAGCCGGAGGUUUUCCAGUUUAUUGGCCGUCAGGCACGUCCCAUUACUGAAGAGAUGGGCUGCCCGAUCCAUAUCAUCAUGGAAAGAUCUACCGCAAAAACGAUGGACUGCUAUGUCGAGUUUCAGACUGUUCCUGAUGCUUUUGAGACAGUUGAGCGCAUAAACCGUGUCCAAAGUAAUGGACGUGUACCUCGUCUUGGAGGUCGCCAUGUUGAUGUCGAAGUAAGUGACCAGGAUGCGCUCUUGAAGGAUCUAUUCCCGCGGGCAAAUUGUGUCAAAUGGGAAGCUGGGAUGCCUAAAAUUCAGCCGAAUCACGACCAAAUCGCUUGUUCUGGGUUCAAUGGGUUUUUUACCUCCGAGGAGAUUAUCAUGGCUAUUCGUCAUGCGGAGUUACCUAAGCGUUCUCCUUUCUCUGAGAAAUGCCCCCAGCGUACUUAUGAAUCGACCAUAAGUACGCUUUACAAGUUCCCCUGGUAUGCUCCUUGGACCUAUACUGUGGCAGAUCGCAACCAGCUCUUCGAACUGGCCAACCGUCACAUACAAUGCCUUGCAACUGGUAUCAAACACAAGACCGUCGGUCUCCUUGAGAAGCUUCUUCGUGAAUUACUUCAGGCUGGCCUGAGUUGUCCUGGAUUCAGCGAGCGCCAGAAGUAUACCCUCUGCAUGAACUCGCAAAUCGAGUCCGAAAUCAACAAGCUCUCAGUCAUGAGCAAGUGGUUUCCGUUUGACACGCUUUCUAAUAAGCCUGACUUCGAUGAAGACAUUCAUAUUUACUACGCGGACCUUAUCUCUCAGAGUGUCGUUCCAGAUUUGAGAAACUCGGGCUUGAUCAAUAAAUUUCCAAUGGAUAUGCCCUACCUUAGUUCUCCGUACGGACGCAUCUGGCUCGAAUGGUCGCAGAACGCCGCCAAGGUUCAUUGGGAGGAUGCUGUUGAGUACGAAAUGAAGAUCCUGCACGAUCUCGUCCUCCACGGCUGGAUGAAUGACGACAGGAGCAACAUGCUGAAUUUGAACCUUAGAAGGCCGUCUGGAGAACUAUCGUUUUCACGUGGCCUUAGCGACCGCCGCAACAUGUCACUCUCCCUCUACACAUCUGAUACCGAUGAAAGCCAGGCUCAGACCGACUCGUCAUCCCGCAGCGGUGUCUACAUGCCUCACUUCCGCCGUGCAAGUGAGUCUGCAGGAUCAGGCCGCAUUUCUGGCCUUAGCGGCCCCAGUAGCACUUGGACUCACGCGUUGCUUCUUGACUCAUCUUUCGAAGCGCGUCCUGCGUACCGGCACCACCGCAAAACCGAGUCGUCUCCUAUGUGCCUCACUCCUACCACGAAUAAUUGGAGCCCGGAGAUGACCGGCUAG